AACAUCUCUUUUGAAGCUCCAUUUUUUACAAAUAAAUUGUAUGUACAAUCUCGAAAGCUUUUGAACAGUGCCUCGAGUGAAGAUAAAGGCGAGGAGUAGCAGAAGUCUUGUGGUAUCAAACAACGCUUUCAAGGUGCAUUAUCACCAAAAUUCAGAAUUCCGCUGGAGGCGGGUAUGGAUUCGUCCACGACAUCCAACGUCCGAGCCGCGCAUCUGCGUGUCGUUUAUGGGUCGUCAGACUCCUCCCUUGUAUUCCACCCCACGGUCCAAACCUGCUGAUGGCCUCCCCCAACUUCGAUCUCGUGAUUCAACUCUUGCUCUUCCUCGCUUUCCACUUUCUUCAAAGCAUCCAACCGGCCACCACCUCAUGCUACACCUCCAUCAUUAGCUUCGGCGACUCCCUCGCCGACACCGGAAACUUUCUCUACUCCUCCAACAACAGCCCCGGAGCCAUCGCCCGGCUUCCAUACGGCGAGACUUAUUUCCAUCGCCCCACCGGCCGGUUCUCCGAUGGGCGACUCAUCAUCGACUUCAUUGCACAAGACAUCGGAAUACCGCUCGUGCCACCGUAUCUAGAAGGGCCUGGUGAUCAUGGAUUCCGGCAAGGGGUUAACUUUGCGGUGGCAGGGGCGACGGCACUCGACAACGACUUCUUUAGGGAGAAGGGACUCGAUAUUAGUUGGACCGAGUACUCAUUGGGCACUCAAAUCGAGUGGUUCAAGCAACUGCUGCCUUCCCUCUGCUCCUCGGGUUCGGGAUAUCCCUUUACUCAUGUUAUGUUCACAAUGGUAGACUGCAAAGGCAUUUUAAGCAGCUCGCUUUUCCUCAUGGGGGAAAUAGGAGGCAACGACUACAAUCAUCCAUUCUUCCAAGGAAAAACCGUGGAUGAGAUACGGACCUUUGUUCCCAGCAUCAUCUCUGCCAUUAGCUCAGCUAUCAAUGCUUUGAUCCAACUUGGGGCAAAGACACUGGUUGUACCUGGUAAUUUCCCAAUCGGAUGCGUCUCCUGGUAUCUUCAAGCUUUCCAAAGCCGAAGGAAAGAAGACUACGACUCGCAAACGGGUUGUAUCAAGUGGCUGAAUGAGUUCGCCGAGUACCACAAUCGACUACUCGUAGAUGAGCUGGAUCACCUUCAGCAACUUCACCCCCAUGUCACCAUCAUCUAUGCUGAUUAUUACAAAGCCUUGCUCAACAUCUUCCGUUCUCCAACACAGUUUGGAUUUAAAAAGGCACCUCUGGCGGCAUGCUGCGGAGGUGGCGGUCCCUAUAAUAUCUCUGUACCCUGCGGAGGUCGAGCGGCCACGGUUUGCAAUGAUCCAUCAACAUAUGUUUGCUGGGACGGAAUGCACCUAACGGAGGCGGCUUACAGGACGAUUGCGCAAGGCUUAUUGGAAGGACCACACACCGCUCCGCCCAUAACCCAAGCAUGCCCGCACAUAGAGCAGAGCGCCGCUCAUAGCCUGCGUCCAAUAUAGCGAAUACACCAUCAAUGUCUUCCGCUAAUCCCGGACAAAAAUUCCCUGCCGCUUGUGAUAUGAAACAGCUUCGGAUAUUAUGUCGCCCCAAUGCAUGGCCAUUACAAAUUUCCUGCUCUAAAUAGGAACAGGAAAAAAAAAAAAGGCACAAACUUGUACCCGAGCGUAACCUUGCUUGGAAUCAAAGAAAUGAAACCCAAAUUUACCUAAAAGAAAAAAAGAAAUGAAGCCCAAAGCAUUGGACUGCCAGACUUCGGUUUAACAUUCGGUGCAAUCGCAACUUGUAAGCUGUUUUGGACCCGUGCACUGGGCACCCCGCCGGUUAUUAAUUGCUUCUGUUAAAAUCUAA